AUGUCCAACCGCGACGAUCCAUAUAGUGCUUCUGCCAUCGACGGACUUAAACCUGGUCCUCAGGCUAGGUCUUUAUCGUCAUUUUCUAAACAAGAUGGGUGCACUGAGAGAUCUAAAGGAUGGCAUACGGUCGACAGGCAGUGGUCCGCCGUGGCUGUGGAGGAAGAUGGCGAGCUUGAUGACUCCAGCGCUGGCGAUCACUUCAGUAAUCUGCAAACAACGUCUUGCACAUCAUCUAUUGCAACUGGUGUGGGCUUCAUUGACUUUACUCAUGCACCGCCACUUCCGUCGGGACGCUCUUCAGCACACAUCAAACACAUCGCAGUAAAUAUGGACAAACUUUAUGCCGCGUACAGUGAGCGUCAUGCAGCAGCGGAUCGCCCUGGUAGUCUUAGCUCAGGAGUCAAUAGAGAGGUUAGAGGGCGUCAACAUAGCGCAACCAAGCCACGUAGUAGUGCUGUUGCUCUUUCUACUGGCUUCGAUCAGGACCAAGCUUCGGUAGAUUCCGAAAAUAGCUCGAUAGAUAACGAUUCAGUAUAUGAGAGGCGGCAUAUUUUUUCUAUGUCAGAAAAUCGAGACUAUAGUAUACGAAGACUUGUUUCGUUGACAGACCUCGAGGAGGAAGCAUCAGACUUAGAUGUGACAAGUGAGUCUGACCCAGAUACAGACGAAGGAGGGUCUACUGGGACGAUCGAGCUGUCGCUGUUUCGGAGGCGAUUUAGGAGGUUACAAGAGCAGAGAAGCGCGCAACGGUCCGCUUGGACGCAGGUCGACAACCAACGUGCUGUUCUAUUUGAUAUCCGUCAGAGACGUACUCAAGCAAAUAGUGACUUGCGCAUGGCCAUACAGAAACUCUUACCUCAAAAUCCUCAACUGGACCAGCUAUUCAAGGAAGCACAACGUAGCGAUCUUAACCUACAGGCGGAAGAAGCAACUUUAUACGAGCUUAUCGACGAUUACCACGAGGGGGAAUUACAAGUCGAGCUGGAAGAGCAUCAAUUUUUCACGAACCAGUCAAUACCGCGCUCGCCUUCCGUGGCUUCGCUUCGCGGAAUCGAGGGCGUAAGGUCACGCCUUGUGCAUCCCUUAUUUGAAAGGUUUGAGAAUGCCUUGAUGGAGCUUCGAAAUCAGAUCGAAUGGCAGAAUUAUGUUAAAUCAAAGAAGCAGUUACUAGAAUCUAUGCUGCCGAAGGACUUGACCGAAGAUGACAGUCAUUUCUUACGGGACUAUGAACUGUAUGAGCGGAAGGCCCAAGAUGAUGUCAACCACUGGUUUGCCACUUCUACAAGGCUUGAGCAGGAGUGCCGACUGAAGCAAGUUAUUCCGGAAGCAUCUCCCUUCCAGCAAGAAGGAUACUGGCGUAACCCUACCCCCCCGGACGAGAUCUUUCUGGAGCAGCCAGAACCCCCGGAAUACUCACAAAAGCCCGGCCCCAAGUCACUUGCUCACCCGCUCUACCCAUAUCUCCUCUCCAACCCCAAGCAUCUACUUCAGGAUCCGAUACCUCGUACGGCCAAGGAGUCUCUGCGGAUGGCAGCUUCUCUUCCAUCAGCCGUCAAACAAAAAGACAAGUUUGUUGAAGAAGCAAAGAAAGAAUUUGGAAUAGAACAUUUACUUGCAAUCUCCGAAAAUGAAAGUAAGGAGGACUACAUCAAUCGAUGGCUUCUCCAGAAACUGCGGUUGUCGCCUUUGGAGGUUGAAGUGCUUUUCGGCACAUUUUGCACAAUUUUCAAAGGUUUCGACAUAGAUAAAUGGCAGCAUGAUGUCUUAAGUUUCUGGUAG